AUGAAGUCUGUAGAAGAAUAUCCACCGGAACGACGAACAAUUAAAGCUGCUAUUGAAGACAAUAUUGGAUCAUGUAUAAUUGCUUUCUUAUCAUUUUUAUCAUUAGUAUCAGCAAUAAGUUGGCCUUAUAUAAAAAUGAAUAGACUUUUCUCUGAACAUUUACUUGAUAUGACAUCAUUCAAUGAUUAUCUUGUUACCAAUGUAUUUGUAUUUACUUCAUAUACAUUACAAUAUGUUUUAACAGCUGGAGUAUUAGAAGUAACAAAUCCGCGUGGUUUUACAUCAAACUCAUUAACUGAAGAACAACGACAACAACGACGAAGACAAAUAAGAAAAGAAUUAAUAUUAACAACUAGUGCUAUGUUUGGUAUUACAACAUAUGCUGUAGCAUGGAUGUAUUUUAUUGAACCAUAUUUAUGGACAACAAAUUAUUUUGUUACACAUCCAUAUACAUUAACAUGGUUUAUUUCAAAUGUUAUUGUUUAUGGUCUUAUCUUUGACUCAUGGUUUUAUUGGACACAUCGUGCCUUACAUGAAUCAAAAUAUUUAUGGGAUCAUAUUCAUACAACUCAUCAUUCUUUUAAAAGUCCAUCAGCUUUUUGUCAAGAUGCUGUUCAUCCAAUAGAAGGUCUUGUACAAGGUCCAAUGGGUCAUUAUAUAAUAGCACUUGUGAUGCCUGUUCAUCCUGUUAUUUUAGCACUUUUUGGUUUAUUUACUUCAUGUUAUGCUAUUGCUGCUCAUGAUGGACGUUUCGGAGAUUUUAACCAUCAUUAUGCACAUCAUAGUAAAGGCAAAGGUCGUUUACACAAUUUUAAUUAUGGUCUUUAUUGGCCACUAUGGGAUCUAAUAUGUGGAACUCGUUAUCGUGAUCGUCCUAAUACAAAUGAUGUCAAUCAUUCACCGAAGAUAAAAGAACGCAAAGGGAAAAAGUUCACAUGA